ACAAGUUAAUGAUAAAUUAGACUAAUAAGACAAACAGGCUUUCUGCAGAUUUGUUCUGAACUUGUCACACACGACUGACGCUCAAAUACAAGUCAGCAUUCGGUGCAACGUUCAAGACUGAGUCAGACAGGACACCUGUGUUUCUCAGGUGACACGAAGCUCUACUGAGCAUGCUCAGACAGUGACCAGGUAACCCAAGAUCAACACACCGAACAUGGUUAGGAGUUUUAAUUCAGCUGUCGUGGAGCAGGAUGGGAACGCGGCACGGCGAGCGGUCAUCAGCAGGGAGGGAAUCUUUGGGUUUUGAUUAAAAAGCAUGCUCUGGAUCAUCAUCAUGCUGAGACCAGGCGUCAUCCUGUCAGCCUGUGUUUUUGCUCAUUCCCAGCUAAAUCUUCAACGUGUCCCCUCAACAUGUGUCCAUGAAGCCUCCUUGUUUACUCCUCAGGUAUCUCAGAUUAAACACGAUGGCGACAAUAACCAAGCUGCAUCGGGUGACAGCCACGUGGAAGAGAUGCUGCCUCAUCAUCAUGUCGCAUCUUCUGUAGCACACCAUGACCUAUUUCUGAAUUUGUGUCCAGGUGUUUUGCUGAUGUUCCUGCUGCCAGCCAUCGAAGCCCAGCGUGUUCCAGUGUGUCCCGUUUCCUGUGCGGUCUGCUCUGAGGACGCAGUCAUCUGUCAAAGGCUUGCCAACAUCAUUCAUGCUGCAGACUCGACCCAGGCUCUGCUGCUAACUGAGGGCUCCAUCUCUGCGGUCCAGCCGGCCUCGCUGUCUGACCUCAGGAACAUCACAGUUAUAGGUCUGAGUAGCAACCACAUCUCGGAGCUUAGUGAAAACGCCUUCAGAAAUCUGCCUCUCCUCCACACUUUGCUGUUGGACCACAACCUCCUGACCAGCCAGGCUCUGCAGGGUGGAGCGCUGAUCAAUCUCAGCCAGCUGGAAGUUCUUGCCCUGGGCCACAAUCACAUCGACAUGAUCCAGGCUGGCUGGUUUGCAGGCACAAAGGCUCUGCUCAGCCUGAAGCUGGAGGGAAACCUGGUCACCAGGCUGAACCCUGGAUCCUUUCCUCUGAACGACUUCAGGAGUCUGGAGACUCUGGAUCUUUCGGAUAAUUUGAUAGAUUUUCUAGACAGAAACAGCUUCAGAGGCCUGGUUAGCUUGAGGAGCCUGGAUCUCUCCAGAAACCGUCUGCGUUCAGCUCCUCCUGAGGCUUUCUCCUAUCUUGUGUGGCUGUCGAACCUCAACCUGGACCUAAAUUCAUGGAACUGCACAUGCGAGCUGCUGGAGCUGGCUGCUGUCCUGACGAGCUUCGUUCAGGAGCCGGACAAGGCGCUGUAUAACGGCCGUCGGAUGAUGUGUGUGAGUGCAGACAACCCGGCUGUGACCACGGUGCUGGAGCUGACCGAGGCCAACUGCGUGCCGUCCAAUCAGAACAUCACAGUGCAGAUUGAGGCGAGAGGCAGCGUGGCGCCUCAGCAGUACGCCCGAGACCUGGCCAUAGCUGCAGUCAUCUGCUUCCUAGGUGGAGUCGCUUUGACCCUGCUUGCAGUCCUGAUUUGUUACCACGUCUCUCAACGGAAGAAGAAGAAGAAAGAAAGCCAAAGACCGAAGGAGGAAGAGGACAAAGGCAGAACAACUGCUAACCAUGUAAAUCAACUCAGAGAUCAGGAGAGGAUGAGGGAUUUUUUCUUGCAAGCCAACAGCAGUCAACAAUGGAGCAAGGAGUCCAUGAUGCUGAAUGAAAGGAUGGAUCACCACAGAGAUACAUUUAAGUCCAGAGCUGAAGAAAAUGGCAGCAACGUCCAUUGCCCUCAUUGCAACACUAAUGGGAAAAUGCCGAACCAAAUGAGAAAGGGUAAGUGGGUAAACGGAGGACCUGAGGCUGAAGAUGUCCAGGAGAGAAGGAAAUUAAGAAUGAUGGUGGAAGAGGAGAGAAGGAGAGGAAUUAUUCAACAACAAGAUUACACCUGGAAUGUCUCUAACAAGGUUCCUCCCCACAUUGCCGACUCACCUUUUCAUCUGCUGAGAGAAACGCCAGACAAUCUUCCACCCUACAAGGCUGACGGUGACAUGGGGAACCACAGGACUGAUGAUGAAUCGAAGAGCAGACGUUAUGAGGCUUCACACUGCAGGAACUGCCACCGGACCUCCAGACCUCCAGAGGAGAAUAUGACACACAGGAUGCCUCACUCCAACCAAAUGGACAUCUAUGAUUUCAAUGGCAAGGAAAGGAGGGAGCCGUUUAGACAGAUGAACAUAGGACUAAAAAGAGAGACAAAAAACGUAAAGUUUGAUCUGACAAGUUCAAGAACUAAUCGAGACAAGGAAAGUCUGGAGGAGGAGGAGGCAAAUUCCAGAGGCAACGAGAAAAACAGCGAAAGGAGACACAAAGUCCAGUCCAGCCAUUUGAUGAAGGUCAAAUUGAACUUAAAUCCCUUGAGAAAAAGCAAAGUCCAUCCGAAGAAGAAAAAUGAGCACGGCCACACCAAGAGCACAAGUUCCAAGAGGAGUAAAGAGAAAAGACGGCAUGGAAAAGGUGAAGGGGAGGAAGGAGAAAAGAAAUCUGGUAAGAGAGCUAAGAGUAGCAGAGAGAAGAAGAGAAAGUCCUCCAAAAUGGAGAAGGCAGACAAAGGAGAGCAAAAAAGCAGCACAUCUAAAAGAGAUAAAAGUGCAGAAGGUGACCAGGAAAAGAACCAAAACUUCUCCCAACCGCCUGACGGCACCACUGUCUCUGCACAAAACCAUCAGACUCUGCAGUACCAGAGUGAUGGGCUGGCAUUGAGUGGGGCUCAGCUGGCUUUCCAGCAUCCCUUCUCCUUCAGUCCAGCUGACAGGAAUCGUACUACCAACCUUUCCUUGCUAAACUCAACUGGCUCACAGCUAACUGGAAGCUCCCUUUCUCUUCAAGCAGGGAAGGCUUUGCUUAACACCAUGUCCUCAGGAUCCAAUCCACUGCUCACCGGUGGCCUGGUUAAUCCCACUGCUCCCGGCGUAACACUCAGUGGGCUUAGCAUAGCUCCAGGUGGUGCCCCAGAAAGCUUCGCCAGACAACCUGCAGUGUCGACCAGGUCCUCAAAUCCUGCUCUUCUAGCCAAGAUGAUACAAGCCAAUCCUUUACAAGCAGGUGGAAACCCCCCGGCUCCAUUUCUUACCUCAACAUCUGAUGGUCCUGUCCUGAGUUUAGCAAACCCAGCUAAUAAUCCAGCUGCUUUGGGUUACAGCCAGAUGCAGGUUGACAGUUCUGCAUUUGUAGCAGCACCGAAGCUUGAUCCAACUCACAGUCAAGACAUUCAGACCGGAAAGGGACCGAUUCAAUCGACCACUGAGUCACAAGCCCCCUCCACUCAAGACGACCUCCCCAAACAGGAUCAAGAUGAGACUUCAGGGGAUACCUCAGAAACUAGAGUGGAGAAAAUGUCUGUCAAUAUGCCACCUGAGGGUGUGGCUCAAACUGAAGGACCUCAGGCAGGAGGAUCAGGAGAAAGUCUGAAGGCAGACAGUAUGUCUGUAAUGGAUCAAUCAGCUCCGAGUCUGUCCAUACCAGGUGAAUCCUCCACAGCUGCUGGAGGGGCGGCUCUCUUGCAGCAGGAGUACCUGUCAGAAGAAGGAGGCUCCUCACCGAGGAGGAAGCUGAGGCUGGUUCUUCCAGAAAAAACAUCAAACCGGCCGCCUACAGCUCUAGAGAGAAAAAUCCGCUAGCAGCUCAGAUCGUUGCUUCCUUUCUAAAUUCAGGUGUGUAAAGAUCUGAGUAAACAACAGUGAAUGGAGGAAGUGCAGUUGAUAUUGAUAAACUGUCCAAAAAUAUCCAAUUGGUUUUGGUGGGGGAAGAGAAACCAAACCUGUGUGGUUAAUAUUUUCGCCUUACUGGCACUUGUAGAGAAGGUUUGAGAUCCUAAAGGGCAUGUGCUAAAACGCAGGAAAUGUUGGCCUUUGAGUGGAAGGGAUAAGACGGAAACGGUUACGGAUGGUUGGCUGGUGCGACUCGUCCAGAGCUGCAGCUGUUGUGUGAUCUACCUGCAGGGAUGGGGCACGUCCAAAAGCAGCUCCAGCUGUUUCUCAUCACUUGUUUCUUCAAAAUGUCGACAAUCGGCAACCUUUGCAUGAAAGAAGAGGUUACAAUUGUAUGUUGAUGAUUCACGUUUUAUUAGUUGUGUUUAUGUCUUUAUGUUUUCAGUACUCUCUCUCUACAUGUAUUGUCCGCCUUCUUGAAUAUUUAAGAGUAGUUUUAUCAUUGUUAUUGCUGUAUCCAGUUCAAUAAAUCAUUGUUUUAUAACCUGUCUCUACAUUAAAGGAAUUUUUUUUGAGUCACAAAGCUCUCGGUGUACAGGCG